AACGACGACAAACAUAUUGCUAAAUUAUUUCAAUGUGAAUUAAUUUACUUAUGUUAUUUUGCAUUUUAUUUGAAUAACAAUGUCUUUAGUUUUCCGUCGGUCUUAUAUUAAGUUCAGAAAAAAUGUACAGAUUUGCGGUAACUCCAAUUGUUCUAAUAGUGGUUUAAUCAUCGGUAAUCGCAGUUUUAGCGACGACAAGAUGAACAAUCAUGAUUUUACUAACACCACUAUUCUAAUAGAAAAUGGUUACAAUGUCCAAGAACUGCCAAUAGUUAUAAGAAAACUUAAAGAUAUCGGUGAUUUCCAAAAUAUCCCUAAAUUAGAGCCAAAACAACCUACGUCCGAUUCUCUUAACUACCAUUUAAUUCAGGCUGAGUUUAAGCAAUGUGCUGAUUUACGUGAUGUGUUUUCCUUAAUAACAAAGUGCACAAAAAUCACUCCAAACAUAGCAUUAGCUGCAAUAGAACGAAUUUAUGAUCUCGAAAAGACUACUACUCCGAUGGCAGAGGAUCUCAAGAUAGACCACAUCAGCGAUGCAAAAGGUGCAAUCCUGGAAAAAUUAUUGAGAAUCGUAAUUCAAACUGAAGACACAAAUACUAUACUUAACAUUUUGAAAACUGAUUCUUUAUUAUUACACCCCUAUAAACAUAAAUUUUGUGAUGAAGUACUUGACAGAGUUAUUGACAACAAACUAACACUGGACCAAAUAUGCAAUUUCACAAGAUAUUUAAUAAAUAACAAUGUAGAUCCUAAAUAUUCAGAAACAAUAGAUAAAAUGUGGGUUGGAUUUGUAGAAAAGGAGGACCAAAUAGAUGAAAACAAUAUUGAAUUGUUAUUUAAAAUAUUACCGGGGUUGAAAUCAAGUAAAAGAACAUUAAUUGCAUUGCUGGAACAGAAACUGUCCGAGUUUUGGUUUAAAAUAAAGGUAUCUUCUAUGCAAGAUAUUUUGGAUAUAUUUCUUCAAGUUAAAUUUUUCUCAGUGCAGUCUUUUGCAAUAGUCGGAAGUUGGGUCAGCAGAAACAUUCAUGUUUUGGAUGAAGAUACUUUAUUGGAUAUCAUUACAAAACUUACUCAACUAAACUAUACUGAUGAUCAAGUUGAAAAAGCUGUUGAAAAAUACAUGAAACAUAAAGAGAGCAAAAUUAACUCUCAUGUACUAAUUGUUGCUAUUUUAAACUAUUGCAUGCAAUUCAAAAUUCGUAAUGAAGAAAUAUUAAAUGUAUGUGGGAAGUACUUAAUAAAUAAUAUAAAUAACAUACCUGCAAGCUUUCUGAAAUGCUUUAUCUGUCCAUAUGGUUAUUUGAGCUUUCAACCUGACUGUAAAGAUUUUUGGACUACUAUUGAAAAAAACCUACUUGAGAAAUUUGACAAAAUGAAUGUUGAUGAUUUAUCAAAUAUUGCUCUCACUUUCAUUUAUAUUGGUAAAUAUCCAUUCCAAUUAGUCAACAGAAUGUUUAGUUCUGAAUAUUUGACAAAAAUAAAUAACCAAGAUAUAUUGAACAGACUUCAUUUAAUAGACACUGCUUUGUCUUUGGAGGCUAAAGACUAUCCUGGACCUCUACUACCAAAAGAUCAUUGGCUUAAACCUGUUGAACAAGAUAAUAGAGUUCAGAGAAUUCUAGAAAAAAUAAAUGACACCAUUUUGUCUAUUGUUGAUGAAUCAAUGAAAAUAUCUACUGGUGUUUUGCUACCUAAUUUUUGUUCUGAUCGGACAUAUUUAAUAGAUGUUCUGAUACAUUUAAAUGAUUUUGGAAAUAUUGCCAACUGGAAAUCGAAAUGCAUAAAGAACAAACUCACAGCAGUUUUAAUAUUCCUACCAGAUCAUUAUUGUUCUGAUUGCAAAACUCUUAUUGGACCUCAAAUGAUGAGAGUCAAACAUCUACAGAUAUUGGGAAUGAAAGUUGUAGGUUUGAAGUAUUCUCAGCUUAGUCAAUUUUACACUUUACAUGAUAAGCCAGGUUUGAAAAAGUAUAUUGAAAAUGAAUUGAAAAAGCAAUACCUUGUUUAAUACAAUAAGGGUACUUAAAAAUGAUAUAUGACAAUAAGGUUACUUGUAUUAGUUAAUAAGAAAAAAA